AUGGCGACGCGGGUGGAGGUCGGCUCCAUAAGUUCCCUGACCGGGGUGCGGGGCCUGGGCGAGCUCUCCAAGGAGGAGGCCCUGACACGGACCUACUUCCGCCAGGCUGGAGAUGCCCCCGGGCCCCCCUCGGCACUGCUCUUGGAAGGAAAAAGCCCCCUCAGGAGCCCGGUCCGCCUGCUUCCUCUGCCAAGACUCGCCCCCAAACCCUUCUCCAAGGAGAAGGCCGCGGACGUGACACCCUUGUGGCCCAGCCCAGCCAGGCCGUCUCCUGCCGAGGGGCUCUCCCAGGACGUGGCCUCAGGGCAUCUGGACGAGAAGAUGCCGGGCCUGGCAGGGCAGGCGGCGGGGAGCGGGGACCUCCCGAGAAGCAUGUCUCUGUUCCCCAGGGCCGCCAUCCCGCGGCCCACACCAAACCCCACGGUCUUCUUCGAAAGCACCAAAGCCGGCCCCGCUCUGGGGCAGGGGGCUGGCCCGGGGGCUCGUGAGGCUGACACAGGUGUGUCUCCGGGACCUGCUUCUGCCCCCCGGCCUGAGGUGGCCGCCAAGCCUGCCCUGCCAGCCCGAAAGCCCGUGGGGAGCCUCCCCCGGCCAGCCUCCCUGCCUCAGGACUCCAGGCCGGUGGCCACCCCAGAGGAGACCGGCCCGAAGGAACCUCUGUCAAAGGCCAGCAGCGUGGAGGACACGGGAGGCGCCGCCCCGGAGCCGCCCAGGCCUCGCCCGAAGAGAAGGCCCGUGUCGGCCAUCUUCGCCGAGUCCAUUCAGACUCCGAAGCCAGGCUCCGGCGGGGCGGCCGUGGCAGGGAAGCUGCCCCCCACCCCUCCCGAGAAGACGUGGGUGAGGAGGCCCAGGCCUCUGUCCGUGGACCUCACGGCCCGGUUCGAGAGCAGAGAGGCCUUGGCGAGGAAGGUGGCCGACGAGGCCACGUCAGGGCCCGCCUUCCAGCGGCGGGGACCCGAGAGGCUGGACCCAGAACCCAGGGUGGACAGGGAAUGUCUGGUCAAAGCAGAGGCACCUCCACAUGACCCGGAUUCCGAUUUCCUGCAGGUGACCCGGAAGAUCCAGGAACGGAAGGAGAGGCUGCUGUCCAAGCCGGGGGAGAUGGGCAGCCUCAGAACCGCGGGGGGCCCGGUCAGGGUCACCCCCACCGGUGCCCAGGGUCUCGGCGAGGAGAAAGCCAAGCUGGACGGGGAGCCAGAGAAGGCAGCCAAGGACCCCCAGUCCCCUCUGCCCAGGCCUGGAAAAGGCCAAGACAUGGCUGAGGUCAAGAGCAGAGAGGCUGAUGGAGAGACCCGGGUCGGGGGAGAGCAGACCCCCAGGGGCGGCGUGAAGAAUCGCAUUGGCCUGUUUGGGGAGGAGGGCGCCUCAGCCUUGGCAGCGGGGUCUGAGUCCCCACCAGCCACCCCCGAGUCCCCAGCCAUCCCGCCGGAGCCAGAGAAAGCGGGCGUGAGCGUCCAGGAGCGGAUCAAAGGCUGGGCCACCGAGAGCUCGGAAGCAAAGCCGGAGCUCAGGAGGAGGGCGGUCCAGACACGGCCACUGUCAGCGGACUUGACCAAACUGUUUUCAAGUGCAGCUUCAAGCAACGAAGUCAGAUAUGAGAAGUGUUUGGAGCUGAGCGGUGAGCUUCCCAGAGAACCAAGAGAAAAGCCAAAGGACAGGCAUGGCGUGGAGGGAACAUCCGUCACAAGAAGCCCAUGGAAGCCUGGUCCACCCCCGGAGAAACCCAGGCUGACAGAGCGGAAAGGCAGUUCUGACCGCGUUCCCGACGGCGCUCGGGGUCACAGCGCGGUGGGGGCCCGGAGCCCUUCCGAGGGCACCCCGGAUGAUGACGGAAGCUUCCAGACCGUAUGGGCCACGGUGUUCGAGAAUCACGUGGAGAAGCACACCGUGGCUGCCCCCUCGGGACGCAGUCCCUGGGCCACGACCCCCAGGGACCUGGCCGACGUCUCCGAGCCCAGAUCCAGGCUCCUUGGACCCAGAAGCUCUUUCCCGCAAAGCACAGCCCUGAAGCGGGAGUGGCUGGAAGAUCCUGACCUGGGGCGAGGCGGAGGGACCGCCUUCUCCAGCUGCGAGCCCAGACAGCAUCGCACGUCCUCCCUGCUGGGGAGGCAUCCUGGGGGCGAAAAGGGCAGCCAUCACCCCUUCCUCAAGCUCCUGGAGAGCGCCCCCGCGCCCGAGAGGGUUGAGCCCAGGUACGACGUCGUGCAUGCCGUCGGGGAGCGCGCGCACAGUGAGGCCGUCCCCACGGCACCCGAGGAGAAGGCCCUGACGCUCCGCAGCGGCCGGUCUCGGCCCCUGCUGUCCCAGGAGGUCACCCAUGCCGUGACUCCCGCCGACCCCAGGUGUAGGCCGGAGGGCCAGGUGGGGUCCGUCCAAAGGGCCAGUUUGAUCUGGGAAGCCCGGGGGACUCGUGAGAUCAGUGGGCCGAAGCCCGAGUUCCACCGAGAGCCUAAGGACACACAUGGAGGCAGCUGCCCGUCAGCCAGAUGGACGGGUGGGGCGGCCGUGAGCUGGCAUAAAGCCACCGUGGGGCUCAGCGAAGGGAGAGGCGCCGAGCCGAGCCCCGAGGCCGCCUCUGCGAGGACCGUCCUGGACGCCCAGCACCCGGGGACCGAAGGGGCCGGGAUCCAGACGGAAGAGAGGGCUUCGUCCCGGGGGGCGCCUCCGGAGCCUCUUCCCAGGGCCAAGGAUGAAGCUGAUGACUCCCGAGUGCGGCCUCAGGCAGAGGUGCCGGGGCAGACGGGGCCCUUGGCCGGGGCUGGAAGCCACGAGCCCGAAGCCAGGAGGCAGAGGGCCAGCCCCAGCGACCAGAGGCCAGACAGAUGGAGGCGGCGGACCCUUCCCCAUGAUGUGAAGUUCGACGAGUUCAGCCUCCUGCCCCCAGAGCACGCGUCCAGGGCGGAGCCGAGAGGGGGGGACCACCUGAGCCCCAUGGCCACGGGUGCCUCAGGAAGGCCCCAGCUACUCCCGGGUCAGGAGGGGACCCGGCAGGGGAGCCCAGGUGCGUCACUGGACCAGGUUCUUCCUGCAGCAAAGCAGGGGUCGCCUGUGGAACCCAAGGCGACCUUUUUUGCUGUGACCUAUCAGAUCCCUGACACUCAGAAAGCCAAGAGCGUGGUUAGGCCCGGGACUGAAAACUGGACAGAACCUUCUAGAAAAGCAGCCCCACCCCCAUCCCCUCUCUCUUUCACCCCUACCUUGGUUUCUCUGAACCGUGAAGAGCCGCUGGAGACCAUGGGUGGUAUAAACCGAGCCCCGGGCAGAGAACAUGAGCAUGCAAGCUUUCCAAAGCCUCCGAGGCCGACAGAGCAUCCGACGUCUCUCGGGGACAGGAUUCUGGGUCCCCCUGGUGAGAGGAUCUCCGACGCCGAUGCCGUGUGGGUUCGUCGGGUCCCGGAAGGCAGCGGCGGUUUUCAGAAUGGCUGGAAGGAUAGCGGGAGCAAGAGGUCCCCUGGCGGCUCUCCCCAAACACCACCGGCUUUCAGAUGUCCCCCGAAAGCCAGCGAGCUCCUGGUCCGAAGGAAGACGGAAGCCAUCAGUGAGACGUUCCCAGGUAAAGCUAAGGCCGGCUACAGGUCCAGCGUCCUCGAUAUCGAUGCGCUGAUGGCUGAGUAUCAGAGGCCGCCGGCUGGAAGCCCGCGGGAGGCUCAGGACUGGAUGGCGGGUCCGCCCGCAGAGCUCUGGGGCUCGGACCCUGAGAGGCCUGGCCCGCAGGGCGAGGCGGAUCAGAGACGGAGGAGCCUAAAGGAGCGCCCUGAAGCUGAGGCUCCCCAGAGACAGGCUGGUUUUGCUGAAACCAACCCCGGUUCCACUCGCGGCUCAGGCAAGUGCCUGGCAGAGACGCCGGGGGCAGCCACGCACAAGGUCAGCUCUCCCCUCUGGGGCCCGCCCCACUCAGCUCCUCCUGAAAAGUAUCCAGGGGCCUCUUCCGGCCCCGCCACCGACCCCAGGAAAAAAGGCCUGGGGAUCCCUGAGGAUGAGAAAAAGACAUUUGUUAGUAAACAUCACAGUGUGAAGUGCCAGCAUCCCCCGGCCGAGUCAAAGCCCACCCCUGCCUGGGAGGACCCAAGCGGCGGGGCCAGGGUGCAGCCCAGGGCGUCCCCCGCUGACCAGAGGAAAGGGACCCCGAGGAAACCCCCGGGCAGGGGCGAGGAGAGCGGGGUGGCCCCGUGGGCCGACCACCCACGGGACUUCGGAAGGUUGCCGCUGGAUGUCAAGAGGGCCUGUUCGGAGAAAGGCCCCCCUCUCAAAAUCCGAGAGGGCCUGUCCAUCAUGCAGGAAGCCAGAGAGAGGAGGCAGGAGCAGCCCAAAGGGAGGCCCAGCCUCCCCAGGGAGAGUGCGGAGGCCAGAGACACCAAGAUGGGGCUCUGUCGGCAGGAGUCGGGGAAUCGAGACAGUCAAAAGAUGUCACCGAGGGACCUGGGGAGGGAGCGUGCCCUCCUGGACAAUGAGCCUCCACGCCGGCAGGUGAGCCCCGCAGCCGCGGGCCCCCGGAGGAGCCACAGCUUCUGCAAGGACAGGAGGAGCGGGCCCUUUGUGGAUCAGCUGAAGCACUGUUUCUCCAGGCGGACCCCCGAGGCCAAGGACACCGACACCCUCGUGCAGGAAGCCGACAGUCAGUAUGGGACGUGGCCAGACCAGCGCCAGAGCGGGGAGAGCUUGGCCCCCGAGUCCCCGUCCCCCGACAGCAGUGCCACCUCGGCUUGGAAGCAGCCCCCCAGCAGCCGCCUGUCCUCGCUGUCCUCCCAAACGGAGGUCACCUCGGCCGGGGACCAGCAUGACUGUUCCAGGGACCAGCGGAGCACCAGCGUGGACCGAUCCAGCACAGACCUGGAGUCUACUGACGGAAUGGAGGGGCCGCCCCUGCCGGAUGCCUGCCCCGCAAAGAAGGUGGACGACUUCUCCUUUAUCGAUCAAACCUCAGUGCUCGACUCAAGUGCCCUCAAGACCCGGGUGCAGCUCAGCAAGAGCAGCCGCCGCCGCGCUCCCACCGCCCGCUCGCUCCGGCGCAGCCGCACCAGUGAGCCUGACGGCAGGUCCGCCUGGGAGGAGGAGCCCGACAGCGCGUGGAUGUUCCGGGACUCCACCGAGGAGAAAUCCCCGAGGAAGGAAGAGUCAGACGAGGAGGAGAGGACGCCCAGGGCCGAGAGGUCGCCUGUCUGCAGACCUCAGAGGAUGCCUGUGUUUCCCGGCGUGGACCCGGCUGCACUGAAGGCUCAGCUGCACAAGAGGCCAGAGGCAGACAGUCCCAGCGAGGCCCCUGGCUGGGCCCCCCAGCCCAAGAACCCCAAGUCUUCCUUCCAGCCUGGGGUGCUGGGCAGUCGCGUGCUGCCCUCCAGCAUGGAGAAGGAUGAGAGAUCGGAAGAGCCCUCUCCCCAGUGGCUGAAGGAGCUGAAAUCGAAGAAGAGACAAAGCCUGUAUGAGAAUCAGGCUUGA